AUGAAGCAUGGACACGAAAUGCGCCAAAAGACGCACAAUGAGAACCCCGAGCAACCACUCAUCCUCAGAUUCGACCAAGUACGACGGCAAGAUGGUCCUCUGGUCGGCGGGAAGAAUUCCUCGAUUGGCGAGAUGAUUACCGCCCUGACGAACAGGGGAAUCAAGGUGCCGCCCGGAUUCGCAACAACGUCCCGCAUGUACUGGCAGUACGUGGGCAAAAACGACAUCCAGCAACACGCCGCCAGACUGAUAGCCGAAUGGCAAUACGGCAAGCUGACCCUCAGCGAGGCCGGCCACAAGAUUCGCAGCCUCUUCCUCGGCGGCACCUGGCCCAGCAGCGCGGCCGCCGCCAUCAAGGCCGCGUAUCACGAACUCUGCGGCGAGACCAACCGGGAGAACCUGGGCGUCGCGGUGCGCUCCAGCGCCACGGCAGAAGACUUGCCCGAGGCGAGCUUUGCCGGCCAGCAAGAGACGUAUCUCAACGUCUCGGGAGGCGAUGCCCUCCUGGACGCCUGCCGGCGGUGCUAUGCCUCGCUCUUCACCGACCGCGCCAUCAGCUACCGCCAGACCCGGGGGUUCGACCACAUGAGCGUUGCGCUCUCGAUCGGCGUGCAGCAAAUGGUGCGCUCCGACGUGGGCGGCGCCGGCGUCAUGUUUUCCAUCGACACGGAAAGCGGCUUCGACAAGGUGGUGCUCAUCAACGCGGCGUGGGGGCUGGGCGAGAACGUCGUCCAGGGCACCGUCAACCCGGACGAGUACCAGGUCUUCAAGCCAUUCCUGGUCGACCGGAGCCUGGUGCCGAUCGUCGACAAGAAGCGCGGCGACAAGGCCGUCAAGAUGGUGUACGGCGACAAGGACAAGGGCGCUCCGACGCGCAACGUCAGCACCUCCAAGGCCGAGCAGGCCGCCUUCGUCCUCGGCGACCAGGAGAUCCUGCAGCUCGCCCGCUGGGCGUACACGAUUGAGCAGCACUACCGCGUGCCCAUGGACAUGGAGUGGGCCAAGGACGGCGUGACGGGCGAGCUGUUUGUUGUCCAGGCCCGGCCGGAGACGGUGCACUCUGGCCGCGACGCCGCCGUCUUCAAGGUAUACAAGGUGCGCAGCAAGGGGCGCGUCCUCGCCACGGGCCUCUCGGUCGGCGACGCAGCCGUCUCCGGAAGGCUCUGCCUCGUCGAAAGCUCCAGGGACUUGGACAAGUUUGUAGACGACUCCAUCCUGGUCACCGGCACGACAGACCCGGACUGGGUGCCCGUGAUGAAGCGCGCGGCGGCCAUCAUCACGGACCACGGCGGACGCACCUCGCACGCCGCCAUUGUCAGCCGCGAGCUGGGCCUCCCGGCCGUGGUCGGCACGGGAAACGCCACGUACGUGCUGCACAGCGGCCAGGACGUGACGGUUUCCUGCGCCGAGGGCACGGCGGGCUUCGUGUACGACGGCGCGGCCGACAUCGCCACCGAGACCCUGGACGUGUCCGGCCUGCCGGCGACCAGGACCAAGAUCAUGCUCAACCUGGCCAAUCCCGCCGCGGCGUAUCGCUGGUGGCGCCUCCCAAGCGACGGCAUCGGCCUCGCGCGCAUGGAGUUUGUCGUCAGCAACGCCAUCCAGGUUCACCCCAUGGCGCUCGUCCACUUUGACCGGCUCAAGGACGAAGAAGCACGGAGCAAAAUCGCCGCCCUCACGGCGGGAUACGCCCAGAAGCCGGACUACUUUGUCGACAAGCUGUCGCAGGGCCUGGCGACGCUCUGCGCGGCCGUGUACCCCCGGCCGGCGAUUGUCCGCAUGAGCGACUUCAAGACCAACGAGUACGCCGGGCUCGUUGGCGGCGCCGAGUUCGAGCCCGACGAGGAGAACCCCAUGCUCGGCUUCCGCGGCGCCUCGCGGUACUACUCGCCUCGCUACAGGGAGGGCUUCGGGCUCGAGUGCCGCGCCGUCAGGCGGCUCCGGGAGCACAUGGGCUUCACCAACGCCGUCGUCAUGAUCCCCUUUUGCCGGACGGUCCGCGAGGCCAAGAUGGUCUUGGAGGUCAUGGCGGAGAACGGCCUGGUCCGCGGCGAAAAGGGGCUGCUCGUCUACGUCAUGUGCGAGAUUCCGUCCAACGUGAUUCUCGCGGCCAAGUUUGCCGACCACUUUGACGGCUUCUCGAUUGGCUCCAACGACCUGACGCAGCUGACGCUGGGGGUGGACCGCGACUCGGGCGAGCUGGCGGAUUUGUUUGACGAGGAGGACGAGGCCGUCAAGUGGAUGCUCGGCCGUGUCAUUGCCGUGGCGCGGGAAAAGGGGUGCAGGAUUGGCAUUUGCGGACAGGCGCCGAGCGAUCAUCCGGAGCUGGCUAGGUUUUUGGUUGACUCGGGCAUCAGUUCCAUCUCUGUUAGCCCGGAUAGCUUUUUGGCGGUCAAGAGGCAGGUGGUUGAUAGCGAGCGGGCUUUGUCUCGUAGCGUUUAA